AUGUAAUAACCUUAUAUAUAUACUCAGAGUUGAGUUUGUUUCUCUCUUUCACAUUCUCUAUCCUCUCAGUUGAAACCCCAACAAGCUGCAUCUUUCUAAUCUUCAAUCUGAUUUUUGGCUUUGGAUUUGUGUGAUAGAAGGAAUUAUGGAUCUUCAAAAGAGGCUGUGUGGAGUAGAAACAUGGACAAAAUUACCUUCGUCUACGCAACUUGAAUUGCAGAAGAAGGUGCCUCCUGAUCAACACUCUUUCAUCAAUUUUAGUUCUCAGGGAAAUGUGCAGAAGUGGAAUGAUCCUUCAAUUAUUGAUUACUCCACUAGGAUUGGAGAACAGUUUCCUGAAUUCGUUCAGCCUUCUCAAACACAGUGUACAUAUCCUUGCAACAAUGAUAAUCAGAUGAAUAUUCUUGGCCAACUAGAUGGUCAGAUGAAUGGAAUUCGUGAUGCAAUCCGAAAUUGUGAUUGGGAUCCGAGAGUAAUGCUGACUAAUCUCUCAAUCAUGGAACAAAAGAUCCACCAGCUCCAAGAUUUGGUACAUAUAAUUUUUGGUCGGAGAACUGAAGCUAUGAAUGGGUCCGAGGCACUGGCAGCUCAGCAACAGCAGUUAAUUAAUGCUGAUCUCACCUCGAUUAUAGUUCAGUUGAUCUCAACUGCUGGUAGUCUUCUGCCAUCAUCCAAGAAUACCUUUUCCUCUGGCAAUCCUUUUGGAAACGGACUUGGGCAGCCUGGUGGAAUUGGAUAUCCUUCUGGACCUUCUGGAACUGUAAAUAAUCAUGUGAACAAGGUAGAAGAUCAUUCCGACCAGAUUGAUCUGAUUGUGAACAAUGUCGAAGACCAUGAUCUGAAGGAUGAAGAAGAAGUUGAUGAAGGCGAACACCUACCCCCGGGUUCGUAUGAAAUUCUGCAACUAGAGAAAGAAGAAAUUCUUGCACCUCACACACAUUUCUGUCUCAUAUGUGGAAAGGGUUUCAAGAGGGAUGCCAAUUUGCGAAUGCACAUGAGAGGUCAUGGGGAUGAAUACAAAACUCCAGCUGCACUUGCAAAGCCUCACAAGGAGAUGUCUUCUGAGCCAUCACUUGUUAAGAGGUAUUCAUGCCCUUACAUUGGUUGUAAGCGAAACAAGGAUCACAAAAAGUUCCAGCCUUUAAAAACGAUCUUGUGCGUGAAAAAUCAUUACAAAAGAACCCACUGUGACAAAAGCUACACUUGCAGUCGAUGCAAUACAAAAAAGUUCUCAGUAAUCGCAGAUCUUAAAACACAUGAAAAGCAUUGUGGCAGAGACAAGUGGCUCUGCUCUUGUGGAACAACUUUCUCAAGGAAAGACAAGCUUUUUGGGCACAUUACACUGUUCCAAGGCCAUACUCCUGCCAUUCCACUUGAUGAAAAUAAAGGAAUGGUUGAGUUGUCCGAUCAUGGGGAAGCCAAUGAAACUCCAAGUAAAGUUGCUCGAACAGAUUUUGACUUCAGCCCUGCUGCCUUCCUAAAUAUUAUGGACGCCAAGGGGACUGCUGACGAAGAUACAAGAAUUUUCUCGCCUUUGGACUUUGACAUUAGUAGUCUCAGUGGUUUCAGUGACUUUCCCCGGCCUCCAUUUGAAGACUCGGACAAUUCUCUGUCGUUCCUGAUUCCGAGUGCUUGUAAUUACCCUAGGGGAACUGAAAGGAAUCCAGGUUCUAAUAACUUAAAAUGAUAGAUUAUUCAUUGUAGAAAGUUUCAGCAAUGCUUUGUGGUAGGAAUUUUAUUGUUUACUCUUGAAUUGCUUUUGUUAUGUAAACCCUUGGUCUUCAAUAAAUAUUAUUCUUACAAA